AUGCUAAAAUAUCUAUUAAAAUUAUGUUUAUUGCUGUUGUUGGCCAUUUCAAAUUUGUCAUUGGCUAGUGCUGACGCUGUGAAAAGUUUUGAAACACCACCAUCAACAUAUUUGACUCCAAAUGAAGUGUUGUUGUUUCGUGGAAGUUUAGAAUUCAUCAAGGAUACGAAUUGUCAACGUGAUUUAAAUAUCACUCUAUGGGGUCUAUUAAACAAUGCCCAGUGGGCUGUAUCGAUGUACGAUGCCUCGGUACGAAAUGCCAUUGGCACCGGCAGUAAAGUCUACUAUCAAAUGGGACAUUUUGAUCAAUGCUUAGAAUCUUCGAGUAAGCCAACAACAACAAUAACAACACCAACAUCGAUUGGCUGGAAUUAUCAGGAAGCUGUAAUCGUUCAAUAUUGUCUAGUUGAUGUGACGCUGAAUGGAAUAUUACUGGAUGGGGAUGGAGAGGCAGAACCGCCGCAACAUUAUCAACAAAGGACUGAGCCGACGGUGAUUUCGCAUUGGGGCGAAUGUGUACCGGCCUCCUGCAGUAGCUCAGAUGUUGCAAUUUUCUUGCACCAUAUUCUGCAACGCAAUGUGACGGUCAACGCUGAAAUGUGCCAAUUGUCAAAGGCGGCGAACGGAAGCCGAACCAUAACUGGUGGAAUGUUUGCAUAUGCUUCCAUUGUAAUAUUCUUUGCCUUUCUAACAAUUUUCUGUACCGGCUAUCAUAUUUAUCUGAAAAAAUCGUCAGCUAGCCAGGAUGAUCUGAAAAAAGCAAUGAGCAGCAAUGAAAUCUGGAAGACUGCCCUUUUAUCAUUUUCAGUAAUUGAAAAUACCAAAAAACUAUUUCAACCCAGCGGCGAUCAAAAUGGGCUAAAUCCUCUGAAUGGUGUUAAAGCCUUGGCGAUGAUUUUUAUACUUUUUGGACAUGCGGCGAUUUUUAUAUACGGCAGUCCUUUGUAUAAUGUGGAUUUUAUGUCGGAGAAUUUAAAAAAUCCCCUUGUUGGCUUCGUUGUAAAUUCUCUACUUUUUGUCGAUGUCUACUUGCUGUUGAGCGGCUAUCUCUUUUUCCGCAUAGCCUUUGUUGAAGUGGAGAGGAGGAAGGGCCGCUUGAAUCCAUUAUUUUUAUAUUUUGGGCGUUAUAUUCGGCUGACACCACCCUAUAUGGUGGUAAUUGGUUUCUAUAUGACCUGGUUUCUGAAUAUCGGCAACGGACCCAUUUGGCAGAAGCGUAUUGAACCGCAACAGGAACGUUGUCUAUCCUCGUGGUGGUUGAAUAUUUUAUAUAUCAACAAUUACAUAGAUACAGAGAAUUUGUGCAUGUUCCAAUCCUGGUAUUUAUCGGCAGAUACUCAACUAUUUAUCAUAGCUCCCUUGGUGUUAUUCUUGAUCUAUAAAUUCCGUAAAUGUGGUUUAACGGUAUUGGCGGGGCUUAUUGGCAUAACUUCGGCUAUACCAUUUGUGGUCACCUAUAUGAAAGAGGUCCAACCCACAUUUAUGGUUACCAGGAAGGAAGCUGAGGAUGUGGUUCUGAGCGAUUAUUAUCACGAUACUUACAUCAAGACCCACAUGAGGGCCUCAGCCUAUUUUAUUGGCCUGGGAAUUGGCUACUUGGCACAUGUGAUACACUGCAAGAGAAUAAAAUUGUCAAAAACCUUGGUGCGUACAAUGUGGACCCUAGGUUGUGUUAUGGGUGUAGGUUCCAUGUUCUCUCUAAGUCGCUUCUAUUCCGCUCCCUACUCCAACAUUGAAAGCACCAUAUAUGCCGGCCUGCAUAAAUUAGCCUGGAAUUUGGCAACUGGUUGGUUGGUGUUGGCAGUGACCACGGGACAUGGCGGAUGGGUUCAACGUAUGCUUAGCUGGCGUGUAUUUGUACCAUUCUCCCGAUUAACCUACUGUGCUUAUCUCUGCAAUGGUAUUGUCGAGCUUUAUACUACAGCCAGUCAGCGAACUGUGGAACGUGCCGGAUACAUUGAAAUGAUGAACUACAUGAUUACACAUACCCUGAACACAUUUGGUCUGGCAUUUAUUUUGUGUCUGAUCUUCGAAUCGCCAUUGCAUGCCGUAGAACGUGUGUUAAUGCGUCACUUUGGUGUUCGAGGUUCGGCAGCGAAUAAACAGCAUAGCAAUAGUACAAGUGAUACAACGCCAUCUACAUCUGAAGAACAAGUGGCGUAA